AUGGCGAUCAUCUCCGAGGUUGAAGACGAAAGCACCACCCGACCCUCCAUCUUACCUUUCAGGGCGACGCUAGAUUCUUCCAACCCAUCAAGUUUCUUGGAGAAAGUGUUCAACUUUCUCGGCGAACAGAGCGAUUUUCUCAAGAAACCCUCCGCGGAGGAGGAGAUCUCCGCCGCGGUUAAAGCUGCGAAGGAGAAGUUGAGAAAGGCUGAGAAGAAAGCUGAGAAGGAGACUGUAAAACCCAUUGAGAAGAAGCCUGCGGAGAAGGAGAGUGUGGCUGCUUCAAGCUCAGAGCCCAUUGAAGUGGAGAAGAAGAAACAAGAACCUUGUCCCAUUGCACCUAACAAAGGUAAUGGUUAUGAUCUUGAGAGCUACUCAUGGGUCCAGACUCUUCAGGAGGUUACUGUCAACAUUCCAGUGCCUAGUGGCACUAAAGCACGGUCUGUUGUAUGUGAGAUUAAGAAGAACCGUCUUAAGCUUGGUCUCAAAGGACAGGAUCCAAUCAUCGAUGGAGAGCUGUACCGAUCUGUGAAGCCUGAUGAUUGCUACUGGAAUAUCGAGGAUCAAAAGAUGAUUUCGAUUCUGUUGACUAAGCAAGAUCAGAUGGAGUGGUGGAAAUGCUGUGUGAAAGGUGAACCUGAGAUCGAUACACAGAAGGUUGAGCCAGAGAACAGUAAAUUAGCUGAUCUUGACCCUGAAACUCGCUCCACUGUUGAAAAAAUGAUGUUUGAUCAAAGGCAAAAGCAGAUGGGUCUUCCAACGAGUGACGAGCUACAGAAGCAAGACAUUCUCAAGAAGUUCAUGUCUCAGCAUCCAGAGAUGGACUUCUCAAACGCAAAGAUUAACUGAUGCUCGUGUUGUCUGGUCUCUCUGCAAAAGGAAAAAAAAAACAGUUUUGCAUCAUCUUCACCAGCUUGUUUUUUGUUGUUGCAACCUUAAGAACUUGUUCCUGCUUUUGUUUUGUCUAGUUGAAGGCAGAGUUUCAUCUCUAAGGUCUGGUUCUGUUGAUUGAAACUUUAAAAUUCGGUUUUUUUUUAAUUCAUUAUGAGUCAGUUCUUAACCGGACAAAAUUUGGUAAUCAUUGUUGUACUUCUAUGUUUGAU